CCCUUGAGGUUAUUCAUUUGAUGAAGCUUCCUGGGUGCAAUACUGUACUCUCUUCGUGAUACAUUGACUUGGCUGAAGCAUCACAGACGGCAGACUAUGUCAGAUAUGGAAUAUGUCCGGCCCUCGACUUGGACGCAGUUUUUAUUUUUGGCCCUCUGUGUAUUUGAGUUUGGCACCCCUGCUCUAGGUAAAGCGAAAAUGGAUGUCUAUGACUACCUGUGGGACAACAAUAAGGAUAUUGCUGAGGAGACAUUGCAUGUGCCAUUUCUAGAGCACAUGCAAAUGGGGGACCUCCAGGCAGACUACUAUGUCAACUUCAUGAUCCAGGACAUCAAUUAUCUCCUGAACGUCACAGACAUUUUGGAGAAGAUGUGUCUGGAGGUGAAGUGCCCUGCGGACCUCCAAGUGUUCAUGAAGAAAAGAUUUAUCAGCUACAAGAGCUAUGCUGCUGACACACUAAAAAAAUUCAACCUCAAAGGUGUGUCAGACAUUAUUCCGACCCCUGCCAUGGAGAAGUACCUGUCACAAUACAGAGCCAUUAGCGAGAAUAAGGAGGCCAUUUACUUUGCCGUGGCUCUCCUUCCCUGCGCGAGGCUCUGGCUGUGGCUGGCCAGGCAGCUCAAGGAGAGCUACUGCAACGCGUACUUCACCUGGAAGAAGGAAAACUCGCACGGCCACCCGGAAAACCACUACAGGGCGCUGCUCAACAAGUAUCUGACCACCCCAGCGCAGAUUAAACGGGCCAAUGUCAUCUUCCGCCAACAAAUACAGAAUGAGCAUGAUUUCUUUGCAUCCUCACUCGAAGAGUAGAAAUGAAAUGACACUAGUGAACAUAACCAUGUUCUUUGCUGUCGGUUACAGUUUAUGUAGCCUACCUCUACUGCCCGCUGCUUUACUUAUUUAAAAUAAUCCAUAUGAAGACUAUCCAAACCAUUUGUGUCACAGAAAGUAACUGAAGGACAAUCUUUUUCACCAGCUCUAGACUACAAUGACAACAUAGCCUAUCAAUAUACUGGGCUUUGUCCAGAGUCACAGCAGGCCUUUAAAAUACUAUUGCUGUCUGUCAGUUAUAGCAAAAUGUCUGUCUAGCGAUAAAAUAUCUAUUACAGCUAUUACACUGUGCUAUAUAUUGUUACCAGGAUUUGUAUGGCUUCUUCGAUGUCACAACAACGAGCUAAAUUGUUAUCAAUAAUUAUAUCUCUGAAUCAACUUGGCAUUGCCUUUUCUGUUUCAAUUGACUAUUGCUGAAUAAAAUAAGCUACUUCACACUAUAA